CAUAUUUGAUAUUUACGCACAAACGGCCGCCUCUCUCUCUCUGCUACACCGUUUCGGUCACAAAGUAUUAUAAACACACACUCUUUCUUUGUUUCUCUCUCUACUCCGUCGAAGUGUUUGGAGGAUUCCAGAAGCCUCUUCUACGCUGCGGCGCACUCGGUCCUCCGUCGCAAGGUUCUUAUUCAGCUGUUGGGAACACAGUGACUGUGUGCACCAGAGCUAAAUAUUGUUGCAAAGAUGAGUGUUGUUGGUUUUGACUUUGGGAAUGAGAGUGGAGUUGUUGCCGUUGCAAGGCAAAGAGGAAUUGAUGUUGUGCUUAAUGAUGAGUCCAAACGUGAGACUCCUGCUGUUGUGUGUUUUGGUGAGAAGCAGAGGUUUCUUGGAACAGCUGGUGCUGCAUCGAGUAUGAUGAAUCCAAAGAAUACGAUUUCUCAGAUUAAGCGGUUGAUUGGCCGCAAGUUUUCAGAUCCUGAGCUGCAAAGGGACCUGAGCGCAUUGCCAUAUUCUGUGUCUGAGGGGCCUGAUGGGUAUCCGCUAAUCCAUGCACGUUACUUAGGAGAAGUGAGGGCAUUUACUCCAACCCAGGUUUUGGGGAUGGUGUUCUCUAACUUGAAGAGUAUUGCUGAGAAGAAUCUGAAUGCAGCAGUUGUCGAUUGUUGUAUUGGGAUACCUGUUUAUUUUACCGAUCUUCAAAGAAGAGCUGUUAUAGAUGCAGCUACAAUUGCGGGCUUGCAUCCCCUUCGUUUAAUGCAUGAAACUACAGCUACUGCCUUGGCAUACGGAAUCUAUAAGACAGAUUUACCUGAGAAUGACCAAUUGAAUGUUGCAUUUGUUGACAUUGGGCAUGCUAGCAUGCAGGUUUGUAUUGUUGGGUUCAAGAAAGGCCAACUGAAGAUAUUGGCACACUCGUUUGACCAAUCUCUUGGUGGAAGAGAUUUUGAUGAAGUUCUGUUCCAUUACUUUGCUGCAAAAUUCAAGGAAGAGUACAAGAUUGAUGUUUUCCAGAAUGCAAGGGCUUGUCUUAGGCUUCGCGCUGCUUGUGAAAAGCUGAAGAAGGUUCUGAGUGCAAAUGCAGAGGCACCUCUAAAUAUAGAGUGCUUGAUGGAGGAAAAAGAUGUCAGGGGUUUCAUCAAGAGGGAGGAAUUUGAACAACUUAUCGUUCCACUUUUGUCACGUGUGACGGAGCCAUUAGAGAAGGCUCUUCUGGAUGCUGGACUUUCAGUUGAGAAUAUUCAUUCCGUGGAAGUUGUUGGUUCCGGUUCUCGUGUUCCUGCUGUUAUCAGGAGACUGACAGAGUUCUUUGGCAAGGAGCCGAGGCGUACCAUGAAUGCCAGUGAGUGUGUUGCCAAAGGUUGCGCACUACAAUGUGCAAUUCUUAGUCCCACAUUUAAAGUGCGUGAGUUCCAGGUCAAUGACAGUUUCCCCUUCCCAAUUGCUUUGUCAUGGAAAAGUUCUGCUCCAGAGACCCAAAAUGGAGCUGAAGAUAAUCAACAGAGUACUAUUGUAUUCCCCAAGGGGAAUCCAACAUCAAGUGUGAAGGCUUUGACAUUUUACAGGUCUGGCACAUUCUCGAUAGAUGUACAUUAUGCUGACUUGGGUGAGUUUCAAGGACAAACAAAGAUCAGCACUUACACGAUCGGUCCCUUCCAAUCCACAAAGGGCGAACGGGCCAAACUGAAGGUCAAAGUACGCCUAAAUCUGCAUGGCAUUGUGUCGGUUGAGUCAGCAACACUGUUGGAGGAGGAGGAGAUUGAAGUUCCAGUUGUGAAAGAGCCAGCCAAGGAAGCUACUAAGAUGGAGACCGAUGAAGCUCCAGCUAAUGCUCCUCCUCCUUGUAACAUGGAAACUGAUGUAAAUAUGCAAGAUGCUAAAGGUGCCAGCGAUUGUACUGGGGCUGAAAAUGGUGUUCCAGAAACUGGAGACAAGCCUGCUCAAAUGGAAACAGAUGCCAAGGUUGAGGCUCCAAAGAAAAAGGUGAAGAAAACAAACAUACCUGUAGCAGAGUUUGUUUAUGGAGGAAUGGCAAAUGCAGAUGUGCAAAAAGCAGUGGAGAAGGAGUUUGAAAUGGCUUUGCAGGACCGUGUUAUGGAAGAAACCAAGGAUAAGAAGAAUGCUGUGGAGGCCUAUGUUUAUGACAUGAGAAACAAGCUUCACGACAAAUAUCAAGAGUUUGUUUUGGAGUCAGAGAGAGGAGAGUUUAUUGCUAAACUUCAGGAGGUUGAGGACUGGUUAUAUGAAGAUGGUGAGGAUGAAACCAAAGGUGUCUAUAUUGCCAAGCUUGAGGAGCUGAAGAAGCAAGGUGAUCCCAUUGAGGAGCGCUACAAGGAGCACAUGGAGAGGGGAUCGGUGAUUGAUCAAGUUGUCUACUGCAUCAACAGUUACAGAGAAGCUGCAAUGUCGACUGAUCCUAAGUUUGAUCACAUCGACUUAGCAGAGAAACAGAAGGUUCUAAAUGAGUGUGCAGAAGCUGAGGCUUGGCUGAGAGAGAAAAAACAACUGCAAGACUCGCUUCCAAAACAUGCUCCGCCAAUUCUCUUGUCAGCUGACGUGAGAAGGAAAGCUGAAGCCGUUGAUAGGUUCUGCAGGCCAAUAAUGACGAAACCAAAGCCAGCGAAGCCUGUAACUCCUGAGAUGUCGUCACCAUCGCCUCCAGAAGGAAGUGAACCGCAGCCUCAGGGUGCCGAGAAUGGCAACCUCCAGACCAAUGCUGAUGAGGGGGCUGCAGCUGGAGGUGAAGUACCUCCAGCUGCCGCUGAGUCGAUGGAAACAGACAAGCCCGAGACCACACCAAGUGCUCCAUAAAUCAGUAAAUUUGGUUGUCAAUUGAUGUGUUAUGCAGAGCACCUGGAACUUUUUGAUGGCCCAGAUAGGCCAUGAAAUGUUUGUUUGUGAGAUUGUUUUGGUUGUGUAAAGCCAUCUCCUCAGUUUGAUGGUUUGGCAAGUUCUCCUAUAUUCAAAGAGUAGGUCUCUGGAAUCCUGUUUUUCAAAAAGGGUUUGUAAGAGGGAAGUUCAAUAGCUACUAUCCAUCCAAAUAUGCUCUUCUUGAGACCUAUAUUCUUCAUUGUGAUCUAUCCAUCCAAAUGUGAUUUGUUGAGACCUAUAUUUAUUAGUGUCGUUCAACUUCUCUUUAUUAUAGGGAGUCUACGUUGGAUUCCAUUUUAUACUUGGGUUUUGUUAUUCUACUAUAAACGGAUUGUUUUUACAAUGGAACUUUUGAAUCUUUGAAGCAUAGAGUGCCAGUUCUUAUGUGUGUACGGCGGGGCUUUGUCCUGUGCAUGUUGGUUUGAUAAUUCACAGGAACUAUCUUGCAAUUUCUCUGGGAGGACUAAGGUGCUGUUGUCCAUUGAGCUUUUCUAUACGGUGCAAGUCUUCUUUAUUAGCAAAUGUGAAUUUCUGAAUUACUUGGUGUUAAUAACAUUUUCAGCUAGAGUUUACUGAUUCAGCAAAACAUCUGUGUCAGGUAAGCAACUUUUGACAAAUCAUUU